GCAAUAUACACAAUCAUGCCGGCGAAACUGGUGUUCGUUGUUAUUCUGGCGGUUCUUGCCGGGAUUGGCGAAUGCGAUGGUCUGCAGUCUUACCCGGACUCGGACAACGAAUGCCCCAACAAGUGUGUCUGCUAUAGGAAAACCGUCCGGUGCACCUUCCAAAAGUUAAAUCGCCUACCGAGCGCACCUACCGAUACCAGUGUUCUAGAUUUGCGGUUUAACAACAUAGUGGAAAUUGACCCGAGAGUCUUUCCUGGGUUGAACGAGCUGCACACUUUGCUACUGAACGACAACCAGAUAAGACAUUUGCAGGCGAAUGCUUUCUCGGAUUUGCCAAAUCUACGUAAAUUGUAUCUGUACAAAAAUCGCAUAACUAUUAUCGAGUCCGGUGCGUUUAACGGACUGGUUAAACUCGAACAAUUGUAUCUUCACAACAAUUACUUAACCGAGAUAAAAGAUGGCACGUUCAACAACUUGGCCGCGCUCGAGAGACUCUUUUUACAGAACAAUAAGAUCACCCGUUUACCUGCGGACGCGUUUCGUAACGUCGGUCCUAUGACACGAUUACGACUUGAUAGUAACUCGCUGGUAUGCGAUUGUGAUCUUAUGUGGCUUGUUCAACGGUUACAAGAAAAACCAGGGGAAAUGGCAGCCGUUUGCGACUCUCCGAACAACAUGAGGGGCCGUUCGUUGAUUGGGAUGUUGCCGAAGGAGUUUCAUUGCCAUGAGCCGCGGAUAAUGGAGGGUCCUGAUGACGUGGAGGUGAGGGUUGGCAGAUCGGUGGUCUUCACAUGCCGAGUGUCGGGCGAUCCAAAACCGGAGAUAAAAUGGAUGCGUGAUUCGAACGAGGUGUUCCUGGACGGAGAUCAUUUCGCGAUGUCGGAAGACGGGAGUCUGAGAAUUUCCGAAGUGACGGAGAACGACGCCGGGGAUUACGAGUGCGUCGCCGAAAGUGAAAUGGGAACGACGAGAUCGAGGAAGGCUCGAGCCCUGAUAACGGCAACAAAUCCUCUCAGGUUCUCGGUGACCCCUCGUUCCCAGAGCACAAAAUCCGGGAAGGAUAUUCACCUGAACUGCGAAGCAGAGAGCGAUCCUAGGCCGAGAAUUUCAUGGUGGAAAAACGGUGCGCAGAUCACGCCGUCGGGAAGAGUAUCGAUAACCGAGACUUCCAUUGGCGGAUCACGGCUGACAAUUUUUGCGGCAAAGGACAGCGACUCUGGUCGAUACGUUUGUGCGGCGAGAAACGACGAGGGUGUCCUAGAGACAAGCGCUGAUCUCGAGGUAAUAAGCCGGGAGAAUAAUCCUCCCAAGUUGACCUACCGUCCUGAGGACAUGGAGGCCGAGCCCGGGAUGAUAAUCGAAGUUCCUUGCCGUGCUGACGGUGAUCCGAAGCCUUUUAUACAGUGGAAAAAGGACGGUCGCAGCAUCGCGAGCAGUAAUGUUCGUGUUUCCAGAAGCGGAAGCCUCUUCCUUUACAAUGUUACAGUGGCGGACACAGGCCGGUAUGAAUGUUCAGCCGUGAACGAGUACGGCCGAGCCACGGCUCAGGCCUUGGUGAAAAUCCGACGCCCCGGAGCCACUGAUGCUCUGAUUAUUCGCGCCUUCAACGACGCCGCCACCUCCGUCGAUCAAGCCAUCAACAGAACGGUAGUGGCACUCCUCAACAGUAAGGGGACCCAACGCGUUGAUCCCUUCAGACUCUCCAGGUACCCCGACGCUAUUGGCAGAGCCGCCGCCAGGCCAGCUGAACUCUUCGAACGCACCCUGGUCAACAUUAGAAAAUUGGUGAACGCUGGGGUCACGGGAAACGCAUCGGAGUUUAGGUACGAAGAGAUACUGACCGCAGCUCAGGUAGCCGAGAUCGAGCGACUGUCGGGUUGCACGGCUCACCGUAGGAUCAGCAACUGUUCAGACAUGUGCUAUCACAGUCGUUACCGCAGCAUGGACGGCAGCUGCAACAACCUACAGCAUCCGACUUGGGGUUCGUCAUACACGGGUUUCAGGAGGAUCCUGCAGCCGAUAUACGAGAACGGUUUUUCCUCUCCUGUGGGUUGGGAACCGGACCGUCUUUACUACGGUUUCCCAAAGCCGGCGGCCCGGCUGGUCUCAACGACGCUGAUAUCGACACACGACGUUACUUCCGACGACAAACUGACCCAUAUGGUUAUGCAGUGGGGUCAGUUCCUCGACCACGACCUGGGCCACGCGCUCCCUUCGGUCACGAGCGAGUCCUGGGACGGUAUAGACUGUAAAAAGUCCUGCGACAACGCGGCUCCGUGUUUCCCGAUGCCCGUACCACCCGGAGAUCCGAGGGUGAACAACAGGCGGUGCAUCGACUUCAUCAGGACAAGCGCGGUCUGCGGAUCGGGCGAAACGAGUCCACUUUGGGGCGGCUUGAUGCCCAGGGAACAGCUCAACCAGUUGACGAGUUUCAUAGACGCCUCGCAGGUUUAUGGCUUUGACGAUAUCCUGGGCAGGUAUCUUCGCGACCAAACAAACGACAGAGGUCUCCUUCGCCAUGGACCAACACUUCCGGGGUGGAAACCACUGCUGCCGUACGCCAACGGGGAGUUCGUAGACUGCCGUAGAAACCCCCUUGAGAGUACGAUAAACUGCUUUGUCGCCGGUGAUAUAAGAGCCAACGAGCAGGUCGGGCUACUCGCCAUGCACACGAUAUGGCUCAGGGAACACAACCGCAUCGCCCGUGAACUUUUCACGCUUAACCCGCAAUGGGACGGCGAAACGAUUUACCAGGAGGCGCGUCGAAUCGUCGGAGCCCAGAUGCAGCACAUCACUUACAACCAUUGGAUACCGAAGAUAUUCGGCGCCCCCAUAGAGCAGCUUAUAGGAGAGUACAAGGGGUACGAUCCUGGCGUUAAUGCGGGGAUUUCCAAUGUAUUUACCACCGCAGCUCUCAGAUUUGGACAUUCUCUUAUACAGCCGCGUCUCGAGAGAUUCGACGCUGAGUUCAAGCCGAUUCCCCAAGGUUCUUUACCGUUGAGGGACGCCUUCUUCGCGCCUUGGAGGCUCGUCGACGAGGGAGGAGUCGAUCCGCUGAUGAGGGGGAUGUUUGCUACGCCGGCAAAGCUCAAACGGCCAGAUCAGAAUCUGAACAACGAAUUGACCGAGCAGUUGUUCAGGACCGCCCACGCUGUGGCUCUUGAUCUAGCAGCGAUGAACAUACAGAGAUCGAGGGAUCACGCCAUUCCCGGCUACACGGAGUGGCGUAAAUUUUGCAACAUGUCCAACGUUGAGACCUUCGACGAUCUCGCCGGAGAAAUUAGCAGCCCGACGGUACGUCGGAAGCUCAGCGAGCUCUACGGGCAUCCGGGUAACGUCGAUGUUUGGGUCGGCGGGAUCCUGGAGGACCAGCUACCCGGCGCCAAGGUCGGGCCGCUUUUCAAGUGCCUUUUGCUUGAGCAGUUCAAACGUCUGAGAGACGGAGAUCGGUUCUGGUACGAAAAUCCAUCCUCCCUCCGACCGGAACAGCUCACGCAAAUAAAGCAAACCAGUUUGGCUCGCAUUAUGUGCGAUAAUGGUGACAACAUAACGCGCGUCCAACGCGACGUAUUUCUCAUGACUGAUAAACCGGGCGAAUAUGUUUCUUGCGAUGAGAUACCAAGGGUUGAUCUUCGCUUAUGGGCAGAGUGCUGUGAAGACUGCGAUGCCCAGAGUAACAGUAUUUCACUUUCACGUUUCCGACGGAGUCUCAAGGAGGAAUACUCGAAGAAGAGGAAUCGGGACAAGAAGGACGAACGCCACAGUCUCGCUGAGGAGAAGCAGAGUUGUAACGAUGCGAUUAGAAUAUUAGAGAAGGAAGUUGUUACGAUGAAACAGAAACUUGGUAAACUGAACGCCGAAUUAAAACGAUUGAAGGGAUCGAGAAACGUGUGAAAUCGUUGUUGGAGGUGACGCGUGUAUGUUUGAGGAUU